GCGGCCGCCAAGUCCUGGCAAAUACCCUCCGAGGUGACAAGUGAUCACCAUUUUGCUGAGUUAGCCCAAGUGGGCGCUAAGAUCCUUCUUUUUGCUGAAAGAGGCGCCCGACGCCUCAAUGAGACGAAAAGGGAGGCGCUCGAGGCUUCCUCUUCGGCUGCUCAGCUGAAGUUGGAUCUGGAGAACGCAACUGCACGCCGCGAGCAGUUUGCGAAAGAGUGUGAGGAAGCCCAGAUGACGGCCACCAUGGAGUUGUCUCGUCUGCAAGGCGCCCUGGACGAGGAGCGCAAUAACCUGGCCACCCUGCAGGCCGAGAAGGAUGCGCUGGCGCAGGAAGCUGGCGCCCAGGCCAGCGAAAUCGACAUCCUUAAGGAGGAGAAGAGGAGGCUGAAGGACGCCCACAAGGAGAGUGAGAAAUCCUUGAAGAGGGCCCGGAAAGAAAUUUCCGAACUUCGGCAAUCCUUGGACAACCUGAUGGAGUCGGAGACU